AUGUGGGCACCCUUCUUCGAUCUGCCGAAGGACCUGGGCUGCGAAUGCACGGGAUCCAGUGCCCACCCAGACGAAGAGGCGCCAGCAGUGCGAGAUGAGUCUGAGCCGAAGGCAACGGCGAAGGUGCCACAGACCUCCGCGGCCUCCGCGCCCUUGAGGCCUGGAACGGUCGGCCUCGGAAGCCAUGCGCCCGAGUUGAAGAUUGCAGGCCUCCGAAUACGUGGAGGCACAGAAGAACAAACAGCAACGAUCCGGGAGGGAUCGGCGAGGAGGCAUGGGCUUAUGAUUGAUACUGUAACACCCUCGAAAACACCGUGA